GUCAAGAGGAGCAGGACGAGAGCAGCAGGGCAGUUUGAUGUCAGCAUGAGUCGGCAACACAGUCAUUGUUCAGCUCUGGAAAGGGCGCACAGAUAAGACACGUACAUGGGCUUUAUCAAUCCCGGAUCGGAGGCCUAGUCGUGGAUGAGAGAGACGAAGGAAUAAAAGGAGGAGAAACAUGAGUCGGCCGCAGUCUCAGGGAGUGGUUUUGACGGGUUACCACAGCAACGCGGAACUGUUGCCGCAAACUGCACUACCAGAGUCCAGCAGUCCUGCAGCCCCGGAGUCCAGCUCAUACAGCCGAAGAACAGGCCAAUACACUCUCCAGCAGAACCAGAACACACAAGACGGAGACAAAAAUGAACAUCCCUCGGCUACCAGCAGUGCAAAAACCAGCGCCACUGACCCGUCGUUGCUGGCUCGCCCCAGGUCCCAGUCUUCCUCCAGCCCUAAGCCAGGCUCCAGCCCUAAACCAGGCUCCAGCCCUAAACCAGGUUCAAGCCCUAAACCAGGCGUCAGCCCCAAACACAGUCACAACUCCAGGUCCAGACCACAGGCCGCGUGUCUGCGCAGCUUCUCUCAGGACUCCCUGGAUGAGCUGGAAAUGGAUGACUACUGGAAGGAGGUUGAGAAUAUCACCAGCUCAGGAGGAGGAGCAGGGAGGGGAGACGGAAACACUCAAGAGGAGGAGCAGCAGAAAAUUCCUGAAGAUGGAGAGCAGGAAGAGGCGUGGCUUACAGAGGCGGGGCUUGCACGGCUGUUCGAUGAUUCGUUGGCAGCUAAUGAUCAGGACCAGGAAGAAGACAGUGCAGCCUUCCUGUCCACCCUCACGAGAACUCAGGCAGCAGCUGUGGAGCGCCGCGUCACAUCACUGCAACAGACGUUGCUACGGCGACGCAACCGGCAACACUUUCCUGAUGUUCGGGACAUAUUCAGACCUCCUGAAAAGGAUGAAGAGCUUCACGAACUAAAAAGGAGAAGUGAGAACGGUCAAAAAGAUGCGUCCACAGGCGAGAUAGAAACAGAAGUGAACGUUGAGGUGGCUUUUUCAGAGCAGGCGCUUUCUUACAGGGAUAACCAUCAACGGUUAAAGGCCACCCCCAGCCUUAACUCGCCAGAUGACAAACUCCCAAACUUUAAGCUGCUUCGCGACAAAACGGGUCAGACCAGAAUAGGAGAUCUGUCUCCUCUGGACAUGUUCAAGGUGCGCAGGCUGGUGCUUGUGGAGGUGACCGCUCUGUUUGACACAGCUGGGAUUGACCUUAAGGCGCACAAAGCUGUCAAAGUUAAGACUAAAGAAAGUGGCCUGUUUGGUGUUCCUCUCACCACUUUAUUGGAUCAAGACCAGAGACGGGUUCCUGGGGCCAAAGUGCCAGUCAUACUGCAGAGGCUCAUCAGUCAUAUUGAGGAAGAAGGAUUAGACACGGAGGGGUUGCUACGGAUCCCUGGAGUGGCCACUAGAGUCAAGUCCCUCUGCCAGGAGCUCGAGUCCUCUUUCUAUGAUGGGACGUUUCCGUGGCAACAGUUGAAACAGCACGAUGCUGCUAGCCUUUUGAAGCUGUUCAUCAGGGAAUUACCCCACCCACUGCUGACUGUUGAAUACCUCAAUGCUUUUAUUGCCGUCAGUAAGUUGCCCACAAAGAAGCAGCAGCUCCAGGCCUUGAAUCUACUGGUCCUUUUGUUACCCGAAUCUAAUCGAGAUACUUUGAAGGCAUUGGUGGAGUUUUUCAAGCGGGUAAUUGACCAUCAGACCCAGAAUAAAAUGACCCUGAACAAUGUGUCUGUUGUCAUGGCGCCCAACAUCUUCAUGUUCAAAGGCUUUCGGUCCAAGGUUACAGGGCAGCAGGAGUUUUCCAUGGCAACCAGCACCGCCAGCAUUGUCCGGUUCCUGAUAAGAUAUCAAAAUCUCCUGUGGACAAUCCCCAAGUUCAUUUUGACCCAGGUUAGACAACAAAACAUGGAAAGUCAGCGGAAACAGAACAAAGAGAGAGCUGUAAGAAAGCUGCUGAAGAAGAUCACCACUGAUAAACCACCUGAUAAAACUAUCCCUGAGGAGAAUUCUCAGGGAUUUAUUCGAGUCCAAGCGCCCCAGUUACGUAAAGUUUCCAUGGCAGUUCAGCUGACUGAAGAGCUGCAAGCCGAUGACAUAUUAACACGAUUCCUCAGCCAAGACAGUUCCUUGGCAGUGAAAAAAGAGGAGUUGUGUCUCUACGAGAUUGGUGGAAAUAUCAGGGAAAGGUGCCUAGAUGGGGAAACGUACAUGAAAGAUCUCUUCCAGGUGAACCCUACAGCAGAGUGGAUCAUCAGAGCCGUGCAGAGAUAAAGUCCAUGUCAUCACGUCCUGCGCCGAGUUCUAACAACACUGUGUCCUGCUGACAUCACACGUCAGCAGCUUCUUUGUGGUUUCCACUGGAUUUGGAUCCAUUUCAACCUUUUUUUAUGUGUAGCAAAUAAAACUGUUAGUCAGAACAUGCAGCGAAUCCAAAGGCAGAAGAAGUCAUUAAAACUGAAAAUGGGAGAUAAUAUUUUUCAGCCUAUUGCAUUACAUUAUCAUGAUUCCUAGGUGAUACAAGAUAAGAAUUAGAGGAUAUAUGCAAAAACCAACCUCAACAUUGUACCCAAAUUGCCUUAUGGUGUAUAAGGAGAGUUGAAGUUUUUUAAGUAUCAUUAUCCUAAAGCACAGUAUGGUUGUCCAGGUGAAACUGAACCACUUCUCCAAAGACUUUUGUCAACUCUGUGCACAUAAGGAAAACUGUCCCAGUUUCUAUACUGUGAUUUCUUGCAUCUAAUCACUUUAAGAUGUUUUCAGUAAUUAAUUUAAGUAUAUGAUGUCGUGCAAUAAAUUACAAAGCUUAAAUCACAAAGCAGAGAGAUAAAUAUAUCAACCUGUGUUUUUGUUAGAAGCCGUAAAGGGUUAAUAUAUGGCCACAUAACAGAAUCCUGCUAUGAUCAGAUCUGAGAUAAAGCAGUUUUUUUUUUUUAAAGAAGUUUUUUUAUUUUUUUUAUGUGAUCAUAAAACACAGGCUGUCGCUAACUAUUCAAGGCCUGCUAUAAUGACGUCACUGUUUUUAAGGUAUAUUCAUAUUUUGUACACAAUAUAUUUUGAAGCUGCAGAUGAUUGAGUCUGUUUUAUGUGUUAUUAUGUUUUAAACUACUAAAAAAAAAACCUGUAUAUAUGUUAAAAACCACCAAUUUAUACAUUUAUACACAUAAAGCAUACAGUAUGGUGGUAUUAUUUGUGAAAGUUAAUAUCAAAUAAACAAGUUUUACACCAAAGACUUGAUCAUGAUAGAGCAAAGUGCCCAUUUUGAAGUCCUAAACUGCAGAUUUAAAAAAUGGCUAUCAAUGCAUAGUGGAUACAAAACAUGUGGAAAAUGCUUUUAGUCAGCUAUGAAAAAUUAAUCGUAGGCUAUAUGUUUUUGCUGCUUAUUUGUGCUUUCAACAAUAGGUGUAAAAGGAUUGUGUUUCUCACACUCUCAAUAUCCUGUCUUCUAUAAUGUUGUAUACUGAUUAUUUUAUUUUCUUUUUCAAAAAAUGACAUUUGUCUUGCUGCCUCUUAAAUGACCACUAAAACCUACUGUAAAUAAACACCGUUAUUAUCACA